AUGUACAGCCUGAUGAUGGAGGGCGAGCUGCAGAGCCCGGGCCACCCGGUCAGUGCCGCCGGCAACGGUACCCCGGUGCCCGCGGGCGGCACGAACGGCAAAGUGAGCGGCGAGCGGGUCAAGCGGCCGAUGAACGCGUUCAUGGUGUGGUCCCGGGGUCAGCGCCGCAAGAUGGCUCAGGAAAAUCCGAAGAUGCACAACUCGGAGAUCAGCAAGCGGCUGGGGGCGGAGUGGAAACUCAUGUCUGAGGCGGAGAAGCGCCCGUUCAUCGACGAAGCCAAGCGGCUGCGGGCGCUGCACAUGAAGGAGCACCCGGAUUAUAAAUACCGGCCCCGCCGCAAGACCAAGACACUCCUCAAGAAGGACAAGUACUCGCUGCCCGCCGGCUUACUCUCCCCUGGCCCCGGGGCUCUCAGCUCCCCCCCGGGCUUGAACCAGCGGCUGGACGGAGCGGGCGCCUACGCUCACAUGAACGGCUGGGCGAACGGCGCCUACCCGGGCUCGGCGGCGGCGGCGGCGGCAGCGGCGGCGGUCAUGAUGCAGGACCCCCUCGCCUACAGCCAGCACCCGGCGCUGGCGGCGGCAGGAGCGGCGGCUGCGGGAGGCGGCGGAGCAGGGGGCGCCGCCGGCGGCGGGAACGGCGCCGGCGGGACACCGGGCCACCACCACCAUCACCACCACCACCACCACCCGCAGCAGCUGCACCGCUACGACAUGUCCCUCCAGUACAGCCCCAUCAGCACACAGGGCUACAUGAGCGGCUCGCCCUCCUACAGCCCCAUCCCGUCCGGUUACAGCCACCAGGGAGCUGCCAGUCUCUCCCUGGGCUCGAUGGUGAAGUCGGAACCGUCCCCCAGUCCGCCGGUCAGCUCGCAUUCCAGACCCCCUUGCUCCGGGGACCUGAGAGAGAUGAUUAGCAUGUAUUUGCCGACUGGCGGAGAAGCCGGGGACCCAUCCCAGAACAGACUGCUCCCACUGGCUCAACACUACCAGAGCCCCAGCACGGCUGUUAACGGGACCAUCCCACUAACUCACAUGUGAACUCCCAGCUCUCGGCAAUUUGCUUUUCUUUUUGAUGUACUUGUUAAAAAAAACAGAGGUAAAGUCGUUCGUUGUGGGAACUCUCAGAAGUUACUGGUUCUGAAGCUAGCGCACAUAACAUUUUAAAAAGAAUGUAAAUGUUUUAUUCACCGAGGGUUUCUCUUUUUGUACAGUAUUUAUCAGACAGUUGAGAUGAAUGGCUAUAUUAAAUGUCAACUAUUGGAAUUUGCCCAGAUUGCGCCCUCGCGCUGUUUACAUACACUCCACUAGUGCUCCCCACGGAAUAAUCUGAAAUUCCCCUCCCUUCCCCUCGCACACAGUAAGGGAAAUCUUCGAGAUUACGAAAAAGGCAAGAAACAGGACUUUGAGCUUAAUUUCUAAGGCGCUUGAACUGCCUUUAGUUGCAGGUGUGUGCCU